ACGCAGCGCCGUUCUCCGCUUCUACAGUGUCUGCGGGCUCCUGCUACAAGGCAGCCAAGGGCAGUUCCACUAACACAGAAUGUAACGGUUGUUGAAGGUGGAACUGCGAUUUUGACCUGCAGGGUUGAUCAAAUGAUAACACCUCCCUCCAGUGGUCAAAUCCAGCUCAACAGACUCUGUACUUUGAUGACAAGAAAGCUUUAAGGGAUAACAGGAUUGAGCUGGUUCGAGCUUCCUGGCAUGAAUUAAGUAUCAGCGUCAGUGAUGUGUCUCUCUCGGAUGAAGGACAGUACACUUGUUCUUUAUUUACAAUGCCUGUCAAAACUUCUAAGGCCUAUCUCACUGUUCUGGGUGUUCCUGAGAAGCCUCAAAUUAGUGGGUUUUCAUCACCGGUUAUGGAGGGAGAUUUGAUGCAGCUGACUUGUAAAACAUCUGGUAGCAAACCUGCAGCUGAUAUAAGAUGGUUCAAAAAUGACAAAGAGAUUAAAGAUGUAAAAUACUUAAAAGAAGAGGAUGCUAAUCGCAAGACAUUCACCGUCAGCAGCACACUGGAUUUCCGAGUGGACCGGAGCGACGAUGGUGUGGCUGUAAUCUGCAGAGUAGACCACGAAUCCCUCAAUGCCACCCCUCAGGUGGCCAUGCAGGUGCUAGAAAUACACUAUACACCAUCAGUUAAGAUUAUACCAUCCACUCCUUUUCCACAAGAAGGACAGCCAUUAAUUUUGACUUGUGAAUCCAAAGGAAAACCACUGCCAGAACCUGUUUUGUGGACAAAGGAUGGUGGAGAAUUGCCAGAUCCUGACCGAAUGGUCGUGAGUGGUAGGGAGCUAAACAUUCUUUUCCUGAACAAAACGGAUAAUGGUACAUAUCGAUGUGAAGCCACAAACACCAUUGGCCAAAGCAGCGCAGAGUAUGUUCUCAUUGUACACGAUGUUCCCAACACUUUGCUUCCCACCACUAUCAUCCCCUCCCUUACCACUGCAACAGUCACAACCACUGUAGCCAUAACAACCAGCCCAACCACAUCUGCAACAACCAGCAGCGUAAGAGAUCCCAAUGCUCUGGCUGGCCAGACUGGCCCUGAUCAUGCUCUUAUAGGAGGAAUAGUGGCUGUAGUUGUAUUUGUUACGCUGUGUUCUAUAUUUCUGCUUGGUCGAUAUCUGGCAAGACAUAAAGGAACAUAUUUAACAAAUGAAGCUAAAGGAGCCGAAGAUGCACCAGAUGCUGACACAGCCAUUAUCAAUGCUGAAGGCAGCCAAGUCAAUGCUGAAGAGAAAAAAGAGUAUUUCAUUUAAAAUGCAGGCCAAGAUUAUGAGUUUUCCUUACCAGGCUGGCUGCUGGAGAAAACUGGCUAUCAUCUUUCAGAAUUCAUUUCUACCAUCUUCUGCUACCUUUAUUAACUUCCAUACCGUACUGCUAUCAGUGGCCAGUGUAUACCAACAAUCAGCUGUCGAAAGCAUCAUUCUUUAAUUACUGUACCAUCCAUAAUGCAGGACAUUUCUUACUGCCUAAAUUCCACACCAUUGCUCUCUUAACAUACAGUGCUUGAAUAUACAGCCUUAACAAUGUUAAUCAUCUCCUUGGAUCAUGGUAUUGAGUUGUUUUUAUACAUUGAAAAAAAGUAUGCAAAGUGUUUUUUUUUCCCCCCUCAUCUUUUCCCCCAUUAAAUCAUAAAUUUUGUCAGUUUGCCACUGGACAGCUUUCACGAGUAGUAGGAUUAGGUAAAGACCUAACGUGUUUAAGUUUAAUCAGAGAUUAGAGGUUUACGGUGUUUUCCACAUGUCCACCUUCAAAGACAUGUUUGGAAACAUAUGCCCUAGAAAACACACUGUAGAAUAGAUUCUGGAAUGUUUGAGAUUAUACUAGUAAAGCUGUAUCAAUUUGCUAUUUAAAAAUAUAGUAUUUGAUACAGGAGCCAUGUGUAUGAAUUGCAAUCAUGCCAUGACAUCUUAUAUAUAAUUAUAUAGAUUCCACCAUUAGGUUAUUUUAGCUUCAUUUACCAGUAAGUUUUUACAAACAUGUUACUGCUUUGGGAAUCACAAAGAUUUCAUUCAUUUCUCUAAUUUGAUUCUGUAAUUUAUUUGCUCCAUAAGAACUCACCUGCCUAAACAAAACUGAAGUAUCCAUAGGGCACAAUUUUGAAACAUUUAGUAUCUGUAUAUAGUGCAUAUAAUAAAUCCAAUUAAACAUUAUUUGAUACAUAUUUAACUUUUUUGGCUGUAGGUAAUUCAGUCAUAAGUAAGCAUUUUCUAAUGUCCAUUAUAUCCCUUUAGAUAUUACUUAAACCAAUAUUAUAAGUAGAUAACAUGUAUUAGUAUUUUUGUCUGUAUGUCCUAGCACUGUUCAACAACAAAUUUUUCUAGUUCUUGUUAAUUUUUAUUUGUUAUACAAUGGAAGCACAAUGUUAUAAGGAAAGGUAAUUUUAAGCUAACAACCAGUGCACAGCCUCAGGUUUUCAAUUACAACCACAGUUGAAUAAUAACCUAAAAGUAAACUCUUAGUUUGCUAAAAAUUAAAAAAAUAAUAAUAAUUUGGCAGUUCCAGAGCUGCUUACCUAUGUUGGUUUGCCAAAAAGAAGUGUUUAAGAUAUGUUUUCUGUAUAAAUGAACUAAUUCUUUAUUAAAUUCCUGUCUAUGCAUUUUGUGAGGUACAAACUUAUGAAACAGUGAGUGAUGGAGAAUUUCUGCCAUGCUUUUAACUCCAAGGUGAAAGUCUCUUUCUCUGGAUUAUUUCUGAAAUUUUGGUGUAUUUAACCAUUAAGAAAUGCUGUAUUCUUACAUAUGAUACAGAGUCAAUCUAAAGUCAUAUUAUUUCUUCUAGUAAAAUACAAUAUUGCUAGAUUAGUUCUCAUUAAAUUUAUUAUAUGCUAAAAAUUAAAAAUCCAGUUAGAUAAAAAAUUAUUUUCCCAUUCAGAAGCAUUGCACCUUUAAGAAGAAAACAAAUAGGACAAUACGGUAGCUAUACUUGUGAUGUCUGAAAGCAUGAUGGCCUAUGGUUUUAAAAAUAAUAUCUUGGAAUUUAUUUUUGGGAAAUGAGAAUGGUUGAGUAUGACAUCAUGUAUUAAUAUCAAAUGGAAGACAAGGGUGCUGUAUCUUAUUUAUCAGAAAAGUAUAAACUUUUAAAGACAACGUUAGAAUUUUUAAAUUGUUUUUUUUUUUAUUGUUGAAGCAUUUAUCUUGUUGAUUUCUUACAAAACAAAAAGGACGAUGUCAGUCAAGCAGCACUUUUUCAGAAUAUACAGAACAUAAAUAAUAUGAUGUGGUUGAGUGUUAACAUAAUAAAUCAUAUACAGUAUGACAUUUUAAGGAAAUAAGUCUGCAUUGAUGUGAUUGCAUGCUUGUUUUUACAGUUCACUCCAUACCAUCUGUGGAAAAAUGCAAUAAUAUGUUAAUAUAGUAUGGUAGUUUGAGAGAAUCAGGUAGGUGCUACUAGACACAUUGAAACUAGAAUAGGUUUAUAAACUGUUCAUAUCUUUCAAUGCAUAAUCUUUAGAAAGACUCCACAAAACAAAAUUCAUCCUGUUAGUACAAAAUGGAAAGGUUCUUAUUACAGAAGUAAGUUGUAUAAACUGCAUCAUCAAUGACUAUUUAAAGCUUAAUUUCAGGAUGCACUUACAAAAUUGCUACUCUUCAUUGAUGCUGUAUUUACAUCCCUCUUCAUUUUGUCUAUAUUCUACUUGGCUCCAACUGCUAAAUUGUUGCCUAAAUAACUCAAUCAUUAUUUAUAGCACUGUAAAAUUAGAAAUCAAAAAUUGGUUGUAUUUCAAAAUUUUUGACUCUUUUAACCCAUUAGAGUAAUAUAAAAACUCAUUAGAACUCUUUAAAAGAAACUAAUAUAUUAUGAUUUGUGGGCUCUAAUAAAAUGUUUUGCCAGUUAAGAUAGUUCGAUUUGAAUUAGGUAUCAUUUUUAGUUACUGAAAAAUAUAGCAAUAGAAUCAUAUUUUCCUAUCUGUAAAAUGUAUUUUAUUUCCACUAAACAAGGACAUAAAUUGUAAAAAUUCUGCCCAUUUCUGCCAAAAUCAGGAAAAAAAAAACAAAAUAACAUUUCAAAAUAGAACCAUGUCAAUUGCAAUGUCUGAAAUGUGCACAUGCGUAUGCACAGAGAGCCAAAUUCUGUCUCUGCUUAUUGAGCACAGAAGCUACGGAACUCAACUGAAGGAGUGUGAACACACACACACCCCUAGUAGAAUAUGGAGUAUUAUUCUUUACCAAAAGUAGCUAUUCUCUGCCAGUGUACUGUUUACAGUGUAAAUUGAUCGUUCUCCAUCAAAGAAGUGUAAACAGCAUUCUUUUUUUCUUCCAUUCUUGAGUGUCCUAGAUAGAAUGAUUAUUAAAAUUAGGAAGAAAAAGGAACGUUUGUGAGUACAAGAGCAAAGAUAGAGCACAUGCGCAGAGUAUUGAUAUGUGUAUGUUUAUGUGUGAGUGUGUGUGUGUGUGUGUGCGUGUAAGAGAGAAAGAGAAAGAAAGAUAGAGAGAGAGAAAUUUCAACUUGUUUUCUUUUACCAGAGAAUCCAAGAAGCAGUUUAAGGAACCUGAUUUUGGAGUUUAAUCUAGAAACUGGAUGAUCUCAUAUUGAUUCAAGAUGAUUAAUAUUGCAUUGAAAUCUCACAAUUAAAAUAGAGAAAGAAAACUAACUUUCCUAAAUAUGGCAAAGAAGCUAACACCUCAUUUAUUUUCAUUUCUUUGUAAAAAUAUAAAUAUCUCAAAUUAAAAGGACAGACUCACUUGUAAUUAUGUACUCAUGAUUGUAACAGCAUUGAGAUUCCAUAUAGGCACAUGUACAGCAGCUGUUUGACGGUGAUGGUUCUUCCAUGUGACAUACCAGUUAUCGUGUAAUUUAGUGCCACUUAUUGCAAAGUGUUACCAAGGGGAACAUUGAAAGUACUUUUUCUUUUCCUUUGGACAUAAGGAUAAUUUGAUGAAUGAUAAAAUGAACUUCAUGUUACAUGUUUUAAUUGUGGAGAAAAUGCAAAACCUCGUAUCUUACUGCAACUUCCCUUUCAUAUUGCUAAUUACGUAGAGCCCACUAAAAGUGCCCAAUAUUAUCCCCCUUUGCGAAUGGUAAUCUGUGAUGAAUAUACGAAAUAAAACAAAAAGAGCUGGCAACCACAGCUGAAAUAAGUGAAACAUCUAACGAGAAUUACUGCGUAAUGCUUUUUAUUAAGUGGCACAAAGUACACACUAAAAACUAUGCAAAAUAUAGGUAACUACAGUGUACGUACAUGUAAGUAUCUUGUACUUGCUGUGUAUGGAUGUUGGAAACCCAUGUAAUUAUAAUAUGCAUUUUGAAUAUUGGGAAAGAGGAAAUCUUAGUGUAGAUAAUAGAAUUUGUUUUGAAAUAUACACUGGCAAUAUUGAAAUAUACUCAGUGCAAUAUCUGAAAUUCUAUUGCUGGAUACUUCAUGCAAAGGGAUUUUAAAGAAUUCUUUAACACCAUCCAAGAGGUUGCUAAUCUUCACCUCCCACGCACUAAAGCAUUAAUUAAAAAUGCAGUUGAUUCAACAACA